UCUCUCCAUUCUCGCUCCUUCUUUCUCUCUUUCCCUCUUCGUCUUUGUCCGGGUCUGCUCGAUUUUUUCCUCUCCGAUUCUUCGUGACCUUUCCUCGUUCCUGUCUAGAUCCGUUUCCAGUCUUCGCUUCGCUGCGGUGGUCUGUCGCCAGCUCGUGAUGGGCGCGUUCUCUCAACCGAUUCGAGAUUCUGAGACUCUGCCACUAUCUCAGCGACUCUCAUUUGCGAACGCUGUCUGCAAAGGCGCUCCCGGAUUUCAGACUCGCCGACAAUGAGCGAAGCAGCAGACGGGGGGCCGGAGCCCGGCAAAGUCCGCGCUUCGGCUACCGGCUCGUUGGGCUCCAAAGUCGAGGCGGCAACCGAGACAGUGGCGGCCGCCGCGGCGGAGACUGCAGGCCUCGUCGCGCCCAUGCUCCCCGCCAGCGCAGUCGCCGCAGAGGCCUUGAAUGAGGACGCAGCUUUGACAAAUGCCGCCUCCGAAAAGGAGACAGACGAGACAAGGGCGUUUGCGCCAGCGGCGGGAGAGGCGAAACGGAAAAGCUCUUUCCUAGCACCGUACACAUACGCAACAAAAGUAGAUUUCGUUCUUCUCGUCGUCGGAGCUCUCUUCAGCAUCGCUGGAGGCUCCAUGAUGCCCAUCUUCAUGUCUCUCUUUGGAGACAUGCUGAACGAACUCAACACGACGCUGGACAUGAACUACGUCUGCACUCUCAUGGUCGCUGUCGCCGCGGCUGCGUUCGUCACCUCUUGGGUGUCGGCGUCAUGCUUUGAAUUUGUCGCCGACCGGCAAAUCGCGCGAAUCAAGCUGCAGUACUUCAGCGCGAUCCUCCGACAGGACAUGGCGUACUUCGACAUGAACGACGCAGGCACUCUGCCGACGCGCCUCGAGUCAGACACCGUCACAAUUCGCAACGCCAUCGGAAUAAAACUCUCGAUGAUGUUUCAAUUCUCCACAGUGACUCUGGGAGGCCUCGUGCUGGGAUUCAUCCGCAGCUGGCAAUUGACGUUGGUCACACUCUCUGGGCUUCCUCUGCUUGUUCUGCUCGGAGCCGUUCUAGGCUACUGUCUCAGCAAAGCCGAACAAGAAACGAUGCCCAAGUACAAAGCGGCGGGAAGUCUCUCCGAGGAGGCGCUGCUCGGCAUCCGGACGGUCGUCGCGCUCAGAGGAGAAGAGCGAACUGCGGACGCGUACAAGAAGAAGCUCUACGAAGCCGAGAAGGUCGGGAUGUCCUGGAGCCUUCGCUCUUCACUCUGCAUCGGAACUCUCAUGGGGACAAUCUUCCUUCUCUUCGCCCUGGGAUUCUGGUAUGGAGGCACGAUGGUCGCCGACAGCGUCGAAGAAGCCUUGGGUGAUGAAGAUCCUCCCGAGGAAGGCAGCGACCCGUCAGAGUGGCCGACGCCCAAAUUCAGAGGCGGAGAUGCGAUCACGGUAUUCUUCGCUGUCAUUCAGGCCUGCUUUGCCGUCGGAAAUAUUGUUCCGAACCUCACUGCGUACAUGAAAGGAGCUGCAGCGACAGCAGACAUGCUGGCUGUCAUCGAGCGCCAGUCUCCGAUCGACCCUCUGAGCCCCGAGGGAAGAAAAGACGUAUUGGUACAGGCGGACAUUCGCUUCGAAAACGUUGUCUUUUCGUACCCCGCGCGCAAGGAGAAGAAAAUCUUCAAUGGCUUGAAUUUGACUCUGCCAGCGGGCAAGACCAUUGCUCUCGUCGGCUCUUCUGGUAGUGGAAAGUCGACGAUCGUGCAGAUGCUUCAACGUCUCUACGACCCUGACGAGGGAUGCAUUUUUAUCGGAGACAUACCGAUCAAGGACAUCAACAUUCAGUAUCUGCGUGCACAGCAAGGCAUCGUUAGUCAAGAAGCGAAACUUUUCUCCAUCUCGAUCGGAGAGAACAUCGCCCUGGGAGCAGACCAUCCUGUGACUCAGGAGGAAAUCGAAGAGGCAGCGAAGAAGGCAAAUGCUCACGAUUUUAUUUCGCAGUUUCCUGACAAAUACCAGACCGACUGCGGAUUGUUCGGCGGCCAGCUCUCAGGGGGACAGAAGCAACGCAUUGUCAUUGCUCGGGCUCUGGUUCGGAGGCCGUCCAUCUUGAUCUUCGACGAAGCGACGUCUGCCCUAGACACCGUCUCUGAGAAAGUAGUUCAAGACGCUCUAGACAGCCUGAUCAAGACGACGAACGCGACCACACUCAUCGUUGCGCAUCGGCUGACGACGAUUCGAAACGCCGAUCAAAUCAUCGUCCUCGAUAACCGCGACGGCACCGGCUCUCAAGUGGUGCAAGUCGGUACGCACCAGUCUCUGAUGAGUCAGGAGGACGGUCUCUACUACCAGCUGGUUCAGUCGCAGCUGGCGGGGCUCGCGCGGGAGGCUGAAGAGGCGCAUGGCCUGCCGCCUCCGCCUUUCGAGAAAGACCUAACGGCGGAAGCCAUUUCGCAGCAGCUUUCUGCGCGGCUCUCCCUGCAGUCGAAGGGAAGCAGAGUUCAGUCUUUUCUUCGGCAGAUGUCUUCCAAGAAGGUUCUACUCCAGCCGACGAGUUCGCUGCCCGCGGCAGUGAUGAGCGAAGCGGAGAGUCCACAAGUCGGUGCCUUCGCCGCGUUCCGGAAACGCGCUUCCACUUUCCUUCAACUUCGAACUCUCUCACUUCUUCGCCCCUGGUGGCCAUUUUGUGUGGGUGGAGUGCUCGCGGCGAUUCUCUCAGGCGCCACGUACCCCGUCUUCGGAGUGAUCUUCUCCAAGUUCGUGAAAGUCUACUACUUCCCUGAUCCGGAGAAAAUAAGAGACGAAUCUUCUUUCUGGAGUUUGAUUUUCGUUGCGAUGGCGGGGUGUCAGUUGCUCGUGGAGAGCAGCAAAUUUAUGGCGAUCGAGGCAAGCGGCUACAAGCUCAUUUCUCUCCUUCGCGGCCAGACUUUCACUCAGACUCUCCACCAAGAAGUCGGCUUCUUCGACCGGCAGGAAAACAACGUCGGAUAUCUCACGGGAGUUCUCUCCAGCGACGUCCUUCUCGUCAAGACAGGAAGCGCUGGAAACGCACUCGCGAUGACCCAGGGAUUGGCUGCUGUUGUCACUGGUGUCAUCAUCGCGUUCUUUGGAGACGCGCGCUUGGCCGCCGUGGUCCUCGCAUGUUUUGUUCUUCUGCUCCCCGCCACUGCCGCUCAGUCUCACAUUUCGGCUCCGAAAAGUGAGGGGGCGAACAAGAAGGCGGAGAAGGUGGAGGACCGCGACACCGCUGCCUUCGUGAUGAGCGAGGCUCUGAACGGUAUUCGCAUUGUUUCAGCGUUCGGUUUAGAGCCUCACUUCACGGAACGGUACCAGAGCGUUCUUCUGAGGACGCUGAAGGAAGAAGAGCGCGCUGCGGCUCUCCUCGGCUUUUUCUGGGGCUUCAGUCAGGGAGCUCAGUACGCUCUGCAGGCGCUGAUUUUUUGGUAUGGCGGCCAGAUCGUGAGCAGCGAAGGGAAGAAUCCCUUGGAGAUCAUGCAGACUACCUUCGCCCUCAUGUUUGCGGGGUCCUCCAUCGGUCAAGCCGUUCUCUUCUCCUCUGACGCAGGGAAGGCCGAGAAGGCGUCCGAACGCAUUUUCUGCAUUCUCGAUCGCCCCUCCAAAAUUGACUCGCGGGACACCGGCGGAAAAGUCAUCGACGCGAAGGAUUUCAGCGGGCUCGUCCGAGUCGAGAAAGUUCGAUUCCGGUACCCCGAGCGCCCCAACAUUCCAGUCUAUCAGGAGCUCUCCUUUGAGAUGAAGCCCGGAGAGACUGUUGCUCUCGUGGGCGCUUCCGGCUGCGGAAAGUCGACCGUCGUGCAGCUUCUCGAGAGAUUCUACGACCUGGAGAACAGCUCGGGCGUCGAGACUGGCGCGUCUUCCGAUCCGUCAGGCCCCCGGACCGCGGACGCGACGCGUGAGGUGGAAUUGCCGAGGAACGGCAGAAUCACUCUGGACGGCAUCGACAUCCGCGAAAUCAACAUCCAAUCUCUUCGCUCUCUCAUCGGCUUGGUUGGGCAGGAACCGGUUCUGUUCAGCAUGUCGGUCGCAGACAACAUCCGUUACGCCAAGCCAGAAGCCACGCUGGAAGAAGUCGUGCAUGCGGCGAAGCUGGCCAACGCCGACAGCUUCAUUUCGACGUUUCCGGACGGAUACGACACCCAAGUUGGAAAGGGUGGAAGUCAGCUGUCGGGUGGACAGAAACAAAGAAUCGCUAUCGCAAGGGCGCUGCUCACGCAACCGCGGAUGCUGAUUUUGGAUGAAGCCACAUCCGCACUCGACGCAGAAAGCGAACGCAUCGUCCAGGCAACGCUCGACAACGUUAUUGCCACUAAGGAAAGAGUGACCCUCAUGAUUGCUCAUCGACUGUCCACAGUUCGAGACGCCGACAAGAUCGUCGUCCUGAGCAACGAAGAUAAACGCGGAAGUCAGGUGGUGGAGGUCGGGACGCACGACGAACUUAUGGCAAUCCCCGACGGGGUGUACCGACACCUCGUGAAGGUUGCAGAGGGAGGGAAGUGAGGAUGGCUUGUGUUUUGCCUCUCAUAUGUGCUGCCGAGAACUGCACAUGUUGGGAGGAGUGCAGUCUGUCGGUCGUCCUCACGUUUGCUCGAACACGGUAGCACGUCUCGAUGUACGUAUCAUCAUGAAAGUCACCUAUGUGACGAAAGUUGGGUCUCUGUGGGAAAAGGUUUCUCCAUUGUUCGUGUGAGUGAAUGUCCAUGCAAUGGUAGCCUCCUGUCAGCAUUCGCUUUCCUCUCUGGAUGGCCGUGGCAGACCUGCGAAGUGUGACGGGUCACUCGGGGACAAUGAACUCCUGUGACUCGAGUGGGGAGCGGCGUUCGCUAAAAGCGGUUGCACGCUGUGGCAUCAACGGGGAAACCAAUUUCGUUCCCUCGCCAUCCGCUGUGAGUCCCCAUGUUUUGUCAUGCUCUCUUGUGGGGACGCACCAGCUCCACCACCCGUUGUUUUGGAGGUGCAGGAGAGGGGAUACGUUUCCUCAGAAACGAUAUCCACAUACUGACUCACACGAGACUGUUUCUCAGG